UCAGAUACUGGUUGCUUAACAACGCUGCCUCCAAUAACAGGGGCGUUUGGUUUGAAGCUACCGGAGGAAUAGACUUUAAAAAAACACAAUCAGCAGCAGCAGCAGCAGACUGAGUCUACCUUACUGUCCGGACAUCUCUGCUGGACUGCGUUCACAUCAUAAACAGGGCUCAGUUCCAGUGGGAGGCUCUGAUCCACCGCCUGACUGUUAAUCCACCUCCCCGGUUGAUAACUCCUGACCCCGUGUCCUCGUGUCCUGAUGUGUCGGUGAAAUGGGAGAGUGGUGGACAACUGUGCCAAUAGGGACAUCCAUGGGAAACUAUGACAUCUCCAGCAUAUCACAUGUGACAAUGUCCCCCUUGAGACAGAACAACCUUGUGUCAAUGUACUCCUCUUUGCCCCUGUCCAAAAGCUCCUACAAUGUGAUAAGUGCCUUUUGCACAGAGGAUAAUAUACCUCAGUGCAUUUCAUACAUGAAUCAGGAGCUCUCCUCACUGGGCCUCUCUUCCACAUGUAUCGAGGCCAGCUCACCGGGGGGAGCCGGCCUGAGCACAGUGCCAGCUCUGAAUGCCAUGUACGAGCUGCUCCAGAUUCAUCGACGCAAUAUGUGCACGUUAGAGGAGCUCGAGAAAGAACAGCUGAAGAAGUCCAGCUCCAUGGAACACAUGCAGAUGAACAAUUCCAGACUCAAGGAUCAGUUGGAACUGUCCAUAAGGGAAAAAUCGGGUCUACAUGAGACUGAGAGGCAGCUGCAACUCAAAAUUAAGACUUUGCAGAGCUGCUUGAAAACAGAAAAAGAGGAGGUUCAGAAGCUCCAGAGCAUCAUUUCCAGCCGUGCCUCUCAGUACAGUCAUGAUGCAAAGAGAAAAGAGAGAGAAACUGCAAAGCUCAAGGAGCGCCUUGGCCAGCUACUGGUAGAUAGAAAGGAUAAGAAACUAGCAAUUGAUGUGCUGAAUUGCUUGGGGAGGUCAGAUGGAAAAAGGGGCCACUGGAAGACUGCAAAAGCGACAGCCAGCCACGAGGGUGAGAUGUACAAGUCCUUGCUCAGUGACUAUGAGGCGAGUCAGAGGGCCUUGAUGCUGGAGAACGCUGAGCUUAAGAAAGUCCUCCAGCAGAUGAAGAAGGAGAUGAUGCACAUCCUGAGUCCACGCCAGCUUUCUAGCAGAGGAGCCACCGCUGAUGACAGUCAGGACCAGGCUGAUUCCGAUGGGGAGGAGAAGGCAGGCGACUCCAGCAGGGAAACUCUGGACCAAUCCUGUGAGCAUGCCAGGGAGCAACUCACCAACAGCAUCCGCCAGCAGUGGAGGAAACUGAGGAACCACAUGGAGAAAUUGGACAGUCAGGCCUCACAAGUGCAGAAUCAGCUGGAAACCACCAAGGAGGUGAUACUAAGGGAGACUCACGAGGAUGAGAUGGAGCGGAUGAGGCGUGAAGUGCAGCAGUGCAAAGAGUUCAUUCACGCACAGCAGCAACUCCUUCAGCAACAACUCAACACAUCAUUUGAUGAUGAGACAGCAGCUCUUCUUAAUGACUGCUACACACUGGAGGAGAAGGAGCGUCUCAAAGAGGAAUGGAGGCUCUUUGAGGAGCAGAAGAGAAACUUUGAGAGGGAGAGAAAGAACUUCACAGAGGCUGCUAUUCGCCUGGGGCGAGAGAAAAAGGCCUUUCAGGAGGACCGUGCUUCUUGGCUGAAGAAUCAAUUUUUGAACAUGACUCCCUUUACAGACCGUAGGAGAUGUUCCUCGUCAGAUGGUCAAAGUGCCUUAUCAAUCAGAAGUGAGCCAGAGAUGAGGAUAUCUUCCACAAACGCUCAGCUGGCUAAAUCGUCAACCUACGCUACGUUCUCCACUCCUAAACCUACACAAAGUGCUGCUGUGCCAUCCACAACUGAACUGUACCGCACACUCCGACUCAUACCAGACGGCAGUUCCUCCAGACAUUCAAAUCGAGGAUGCUGGCAAGAGUCCAGCACCAUUGAAGAUGCAGAUACACGCUUCAAGUCAAGAAGCAGAGUUCGUUGUGGAGACUUGAGUAUCUUCUCUUUGGGUGAAGACGAGAACAGCCUCACUUGAAGAACUUCCAGUGCCUUAUUUGUGUGAUUAUUUGCUGUGGACUUUAUCAUCCAUUCGUGGCUGCAUUACAUCACAACUGAUACACACUACUACACUUCUUAUGUUGCUUUAAGGAUCAUUCACCAAAGCUGAUCAAAGAUAAAAGCACUUUAAUGAUUCUGCCAUUGUUCAUUUCUUUUCUGUACAAUCAACACUGACAAAUCAGAUUGUAAGCUAUAUUCAAGGGAAGGUAUCUACCAAGUAUUGAUUUGGACAUAUUGGAGUUGGAGAAAUCUUUUUUUUAUAUAUAUAUAUUAAACGCUUAAGUUUGAGUUAAAACUUGUUCAUGUUUACAUAUUUUAAAUGUAUAAAUUAUGAGGUAUGAUUUUAACAGAAGCAUAUUGACAUUAGAUUAAUAAUGAUCGACUCUGCUGGUGUAAACAGCACAAUAAAGACAUUUUUAAUUUUAAAAAA